ACUGCCCGAUCGGCCCAGACUCGUCGGCCAGAGUCUGGGGCUCCGCUGCAGCUCGUCGCUCGGUUCAUCGUCUCGCCGAGCGACCCCGAUCGAUUCCGCACUGGAUCUCUGGAUCUCUGCGAGAGGUUCAUGAGGGAGGGCGCUGACUCGCAGAAUUUGCCUUUUGGCAGAUGCCCCUGGGGGUGGAAAUGUGAGCGGGCGAGCGGCCGCAAGCAAAAGUAGGAAAUUCAUAGCCAGACACGGGAAUUGCGCGAGCAAUCAGAACACGGGACCCGGGGGACUUUCAAGGUGUCAGUCAGGCAGAGGCCCCGAGAGCUGGAGGCAGUUCGGGCUGCGUUCUCUGGACGCGAAGAGUUGACUGUUGCUCUAGGCGAGCAACAGUCGCCCUGAUGAUGGGGCACCGCAGAGUCCACUUGUUGUUGCGGCCCUCUCAUCGCUGAGCCCGGCCUAAAAUUAGCGUCCUUACAAGAGCCGGGCCGGGGAUGCUGUCCUUCGUCGCUGCUGCUGCUGCUGCUGCUGCCGCUGCCGCUGCCCCUGCUGCGACGUAGAAAUCAGUCGACAGGAAUCGAGGGCGUUGACCGUGCGUGGUGGUGUGCAGCAUCGAGGAGCUUCACGCUCGCUCGCGCGCGCCUGCGCGACAUUAUGGCGAAGAAUGAACUGCGCUACAAGUCGCAGGGCCUCACGGCUGGCCCGAGCCCGGAGCUGAAGGCGAAUUUUUUCUCAUUCUUCAGCUGGCACUUCGUGCAGCCGUUCAUCAACAAAGGGAAUGAGAAAAUUCUUCAGCCCGAAGACUUGUACGACUUGAUUCCUCGAGAAACUUCGGAAUUCGGCGAGCGCAUGUGGGAGAAAUAUGCUCGCAAGCAGUUGGAGAAGAAGGACAAGAUCAACGUGUUCAAGCUUGCACUGCAGACCUCAGGACGAGAAUUGAUAUGGUCUUUCGUCUUGUGUCCCUUUUGGUUAGUGGCUGUCGUAGCCCAGGUUUUCGUGCUGAAAGAGCUGGUGACGGAGGCGGAAAACCUUCACCAAAAGCUACAACCAUGGAAGGGUGCGAUGCUGGUGCUUGGCAUGCUAUUGACUUCAAACGUUCAGAGUGUAUGUCAGCACUGGCUGUUCACUUAUGGCCAAAAGUCUGGAAUGAGGGUCAAGGCCGCCAUCUCCAUGGCUGUCUUCAACAAGUUGAUGAAACUGAGGAUGGUGGCCUUGGCCGGGACGAGCAGUGGAUUGAUGCUCAACCUCGUCACAAAUGACACUCAAAAAUUAAUUGAUGGGAGCACAUUUCUAUCCUAUACAUGUUUUGCAGUCAUCAACUCUCUAGUUGUGGCCGGAAUAGCCCUCGGCUUGGUUGGAUACUCAGCUUUACCUGGAGUUCUGGUCAUCAUCUUGGCUUUGCCAGCACAGAUGUCCAUUGCUCGAGCUGUGGGGCGAAUGAGAAAGCAUGCAGUAAAGCUCACGGAUGUCAGGGUCCGAAUGAUAGCCGAGAUUCUUACUGGCGUUAGAGUAGUCAAAUACAACGGCUGGACGACGGCUUUUCUCAAAAGAAUAUCAAGUAUUAGAUCAAUGGAGCUGCGUUGGAUUCGUAAAGCUGCCAUGUUACGAGCUUCCACAUCGACGUUCAAGGACUUGAUAUCUCCAGUGGCUGCUCUUGUCACCUUUGGAACUUAUGUGGCCACCAAUGACGGGAUACUCAGUGCGAGCAAAGCAUUUACAAUCUUGGGUCUGUAUGGUAUUUUGGUGCGAAUUUACUCCAUCGCUCCAAUAGGCGUGCAAUACGGUUUUGAGGCAUACAUUGGACUUCAAAGACUACAGAGGCUUCUUGAUUUACCCUACGGUCAUGGGCAUAGUUCUGAGGAGCAGGCAGCGCAGCUGAGAAAGUUAUAUCCAGAGGCAGCUGUGAUCAUUUCCCAGGGCACGUUUGCUUGGUAUCUCAAGGAAAAAGACUUCGAGGAUAGCACAGUAGCCCCAGGAGUAUCUCAGAACAAACAACAAGAAGUACACAGUGACCCCAGCCUUGCUAAGGCCUCUGAUGAAGUGAAAAAACCAGUAAGCAAGGAUCUGGAUCAGGUUGACGAUAUGAUAGACGCGAAGGAGAAUCAUUCGUUAGCCCAGUUGAGGAAUAUCAACCUGGCUGUGAAAAAGGGGGAGCUAAUUGCAGUGAUUGGGUCCGUGGGGAGUGGAAAAAGCUCCCUCCUCUGUGCACUGCUCGGAGAGAUGGAGGCCGUGAAAGGAUCAUUCUGGACGGAGAAGAUGGUGUCUUAUGCCCCACAGCAGCCUUGGAUAUUGAACGACACAGUCAGGAACAAUAUCGUCACUUCAAACUUUUACGACGAGGAUCUCUACAAGAAGGUCGUAUUUGCCUGCGCCCUCGAACACGACAUGGCACAAUUACCGGCUGGUGAUGAUACUGAGAUUGGUGAAAGGGGAGUCAAUCUCAGUGGAGGCCAGAAGGCUAGAAUCAGUCUCGCGCGAGCCUGCUAUAGCCAGUCUCCGGUUGUACUUCUAGAUGAUCCGCUGGCGGCAGUUGAUGUUCCCACGGCCAAACAUUUGAUGAAGCACGUUUUAAAUGGCAUUUUGAAAGGUCGCACGGUGAUCUUGGUUACCCAUAAUAUUUCAUCGCUUGAGCUCGUGGAUCGAAUAUUUAUGAUGGAGGAAGGAAGAUUGAUAGAGCUCGAAUCCAGAGCGGAUGUGGCCGAAAAGGGCCUCCUACAGGAAUUGGCAGAUGAGUCUGGGGAAGAAGCUGAUGAGGAUGCUGAUAUUGACAUCAGUGUUAAAGCUGAAGCAUUUGGUGCUUCGGAAAGUGGAAAGACUGGUACAGCUGAUCAUGAAGAUGGGGUUCCACAAACAAUUCCACAACCCGAGUCCCCUAAGGCUGGCCUCACCUCAAAUCACCAAGCAUCAACAAUGCCUCUCAAUGGAAUGCCAGAAACCAAAGGCAUGGAUUAUCUGGUUAAAAGUGAGUCUAGGAAAGGUUCUUCGAGGAAGAGUGGAUCAGCAAGGCAAGAAGGUGUACUGGUCGAUACUGUCAGCCCCCAAGGUGCAACAUCAGAAGCAGUUGGAUCUUUGACUGUAAAAGAGGACAGAGUUGAGGGCGAAGUUACAUGGAAAAGCUAUGCUGACUACGCCAGAGGAGGCGGACUCAUUUUCUUUACGUUUGUGCUAUUCUUGAUGUGUUUCGCACAGGCAGUGCGUGUAAUCGUGGAUUAUUGGAUUAGUGUAUGGGUGAGUGAUAAGCUGAAUACGUCAAGUAACAUCUAUCUGAUGAGCUAUGGAAUCCUGGUUCUGGGAUCCUGUAUUCUCUGUCUUGCUCGUGCAAUGCUCUUCACUGAAGCCGCAAUCCGAUCAGCCCAAUCUAUGCACGGGAACAUGACUGAGAAGGUCAUCCGUUCUCCGCAGACAUUUUUUGACCAGAAUCCUGUCGGUCGGAUAUUGAACAGAUUUGGAAAAGACCAGGCAAUGGUAGACGAAAUUUUGCCCAACACUGCGCAGUCAAUGUUCGAGAACUUGGUGGCCGUUCUUGGGGUGAUGAUAUUCAUCGCUGUCAUCAUCCCUUGGUUUUUGCUAGUCUUGCCACCAUUCGUCCUGGCAUUUUACUACUGCCAACAGAAGUAUGUUGCAGUCUCCCGUGAGCUGAGACGUUUGGAUGGAAUUUCUCGGUCACCUACUUAUGCGCACUUUUCACAGACCCUUCAGGGAAUAGCCUCAGUGCGAGCGUACAACAUGGAGGCAGCCAUGCUUGACCACUUUCGAGACUUGAUGGAUGCCAACCAUCGAGCAUAUAUUCUGUUUGUGCACACCUCAAGGUGGCUCGGAGUCCGUCUUGACUACUGCGCUGCUGUGUGUGUAACAGUUACAGCUCUCCUAGCUGUUCUGUUGCGACACAAAAUUUCCCCCGGAUUACUUGGUGUUGUUUUGAUCCAAAGUCUCCAGCUCACGGGUUUCUUCCAGUACGGUGUGCGCUUGGUGGCCGAUACGGAGAACAUCUUUACUAGCGUCGAAAGGAUCCAAGCUUAUGGAAAUCUUCCUUCUGAGGCUGAUCCCAAUUCCCCUCCUGGACUGAUCUCAGAUCAAUGGCCCGAGAAGGGUGAAGUGGAAUUUGUCGAAUACACCUUGGCCUACAGGACAGAUCUUCCAGCUGUUUUGAACAAGCUCUCAUUUAAGAUAUUUUCUCAAGAGAAGGUAGGCAUCUUAGGAAGAACAGGAGCGGGAAAAUCCAGCCUUGCAGCUGCUCUGUUUCGAAUGGUCGAGAAUGCGGCAUGUAGUGGAACUAUUUUGGUAGAUAAUGUAGACUUGAAAUUGGUGGGCCUCGAUGAUCUGCGCCAGCGACUAUCUAUCAUUCCUCAAGAUCCGGUUCUAUUCCAAGGAACCAUCCGGUUCAAUCUCGAUCCCUUCGAGAUGCACACCGAUGCUGAGUUACACGAAGCGUUGAGCAAAGUAGAAAUGACCGCUAAAAUCAAAAGUCUGAAGGGAGGCCUCACAAGCGAAGUUCAAGAGAAUGGAGACAAUUUCAGUGUAGGACAGAGACAACUCCUUUGUCUGGCAAGGUCCCUCCUGAGAAAGUCCAAGAUUGUGGUGAUGGACGAAGCCACAGCUGCUGUCGAUGGAGAAACCGAUCAAUUGAUUCAGAGAACCAUGCGUAGUGUGUUCCAUGACUGCACGGUCUUAACAAUAGCUCACAGGAUUGACACGAUUAUCGACUGUGAUCGUGUUUUGAUACUCGCCAAAGGGGGCCGUAUUAGUGAGUUUGACUCUCCAGCAAAUCUGCUUCGACGUGCAGAGGAGGUGGAUUUCUCCGACACUACCACAUCACGAGUGGACCAUGUGUUCGCGAACAUGGUUGCUCAAGCUGGGCCAAAGGUUGCGAAGCAGUUACGACAAGCUGCUGAAGCUGCUAAUGAGCGCAGGAAGCUGGUUCGUAGCACUCCGGAAGACAACUAACAUCCUCAAGAAAGUUUUGAUCAACUCACUCGAGAUCUGCAGGAAACUCACAGUAUUAGCUUCUCUCUGUAAUAGCAAAGAUGCUAUUACAGCAGCAGCUGAUCUCUUCAAUUUCCUUUGGAAUCCGGAGAUUGUGAGCCACCACACCUUUUCAUCUGGAGCGAUCGUAUGUAAGCAAGCAUGUACGAGCGCUCUUUAUUGGAAGCCUCUUCUUCAGCACGGGAAGGGGACUGUCGAAUUUUGUCCAUCGUGAGUUUUAUCUGAAUGAAAAUGCAGUUAGGUGCAGAUUCAUUACGCGCCAGUGAAGAAGCUGGUUACCACUUGGAGUUGCCAGCUUCUUAGGUGAAGAGCUCCUUUGUACCCUUCGUACAAAAGUGGACUUUGUAUUCAAGCAUUGGAUGAAAUACAUGUAAAUUAUAUUUCAGUACAGCGUACAAUUGAAGUAGGAAUAAUCCAGCUCUCGUCGGUGGAGGGUAGUGCAGCGACCUUGACGUUGGAAAUAUGAUGUUCGAAUCGAGAGUUCAUGAGCAGCCUUAAUGUUUCAAGUGGAUCCAUAAGCUGUGGGUACUGCCCAUGGUGUCGGCGUGCUGAGAAUUAUUCCUCGAGUGGAAAGUUUUCGGUUGAUUUUAAGCACACGGAACUGUUUAACUCAAGUUACUAUAUAUAUUAUACAGUUUCGGACAGAUAUGUCGGUAAGGUGGUGAU